AUGGCCCUUCUUUUGGCCAAGUGCAUCACUCCAGCCAAGAAAAGUGUUAUUCGCCUGCUCGCACCGCAGCUCAAGUUUGACGACUUUUUGAGCAAGCAUUUUCGCGAGAACGAUGAAAUCAUUGCCCAUGACCCAAAGAACCAGUGCAAAGAAGGCGACUGGGUACUUUUACGCAAGCUGGACCAGCGCUUUAGUUUAGAAAUCAACUACCAAGUGGAGAAAGUUGUCUAUCAGUCGGGAAAUGUAGUUGAUCCGAUCACUGGCAAGAAAACGCUCGGAUAUGAAAACGUCGAAGACAUCAACAAGCUAGCGGCUCUCUUUGGAAAGAAACCCAACAUUGAAAGAUAA